AUGACAGAUAGUGAGAAAGCGGAGAAGGAAAAGCAUAUCAAUCUGUGGAAGCAAUACUAUCAUGAGGCGUUUGAUGGCGAGUGGAAUAUAAGAUCCUUGGCAAGGCAGCGGAAACGCCAACUCGAGGGUGGGGAGAAACGGAAGUCCUCUGGGCAUGUGAAGGCCAGCCAUGAUCCCGUGCUGUCGGAGUUGAAGAAACGAAAGCAUCGACUGAAUCAUGUCGUGCUGAAGAUCGCUCAAGACUUGAUGCAGAAUCCUGCCUUUGCCGACUUUUACUAUGCUCCUACAGGAACGGAGUAUACGCAGGUUGUGGAGAAGGCCAUAGGACUCGAUGAUAUAAGAGAUCUAGCAGGCCGUCGACAGUACAGCUCCCUCCAUGAGGUUGAGCGGCACUUUGCUCGAAUUGCUUACAACGCUCGACUGUUCAACGGCACGAAUCAUAUCUUGGCGGUCCGAGCCCGGAAUCUUGCGGGUGCGGCCAUGGGCGCCAUACGGAUGUCUCUAUCGGGGUCCACUACUGGGAAGAAGUCGGGCAACUCAAAGACACUGAAAGUGGAAACGCCCUCUCCACCAGAGACGCCCGACGAUGAUGAUGAACGCGAGACCGCAGAGGCUAAUGAGGAGGUCUGCAACCCGGAGGACGUCGAUGAACUCACGGGCUGUGCUGGUGGUCUGGUCCCCACACGAGGGGGAGGGAAGAGUAUAUUACUUUGGAAGGAGCUCACGUGCAACGAAAUUCGGACGAAAUGGAAGAACCUCGAGACAAGGUUGUUGGCACAACGCGGUGAGCAUCGGGAGCAUCUGAGCACACCAGCAGAAGGAACUCCAUCCUCGACAAGUCCGGACGACUCAGUUGAGGAGGAAGAGGAGGAGGAGGAAUUUGCUGGGGAAAAACGUCCGGUUCAGCCCCGCGUUACUCCAACGACGAUCGAAGAUGAGAGCGACUGA